CUUUGCUACAUUUGUCGAGAUCGAACUUUCUCACCAUUAUAAAGCCGAUCGUUUCCGAACCGCCCACAGGAGAUGACAACAACAAAACAGACCGAGUGGGGCUCCUCGGGGACGUUUGUUACACCGACCCUGGUUGAAUGUUUGGAAAAAUAGAGCAAUUCCACGAUGACAAUGCAGUUCACGUUUACUGCGCCUCACUCACUAUACCUGUUAUUAGCCGCGUCGUCGAGCUAGUGUUGCUAAGUUAGCUCCAUGUAUGCCAAAGUAACACGGCUUAGCCAGCUAGCUCGCCUUAGGUAAAAGGUGGAGACCAAGAGCGGGAAAUGCGGGUAAAGUGAGGGUGCCUCUGAUGACUAAAUGAACAAGAGCGGAGAGCAGCCGCUGAUUCAACAUGAAGUUGUAUGUGUUCCAGGUUAACAAUGGCAGCACACUGACAUUUGACACCGAUCUUGCUGUCCAAACCGUACUGGAGCUCAAACAUGCUAUUCAGGCAAAAUAUAAGAUUGCAAUUCAACAUCAAGUACUUGUUGUCAAUGGAGGGGAAUGUAUGGCUGCGGAAAGGCGAGUCUGCAGCUACAGUGCUGGCACUGAGACAAACCCCAUAUUCCUGUUCAACAAGGAGAUGAUCUUGUCCGACCGGGAUCCAACAAUCCCUAAAACCACCUUCUCCAUUGAGAGUGAGAUUCAAGUGAAGGUGGAAGAGUCAUUACUGAUGCCAGCUGUCUUUCACACCGUUGCCUCUCGAACACAACUUGCUCUGGAAAUGUUUGAAGUUGCCAACAAGCUUAGCUCGUUCUGUGAACGCUUAGUUCAUGAUGAACACCUCCAACAUCAAGGCUGGGCAGCCAUCAUGGCCAACCUGGAUGACUGCACACUAUCCUAUCAGAAGCUACUGGUAAAAUUCGACACUGCGUACUCGACGUAUCAGCACGAUCUGGAGGAUAUUAAAUUCAAACUCACAAAACUGGGGACAGCAGUCUCUGUGAUGGCCAGGAUACCUCUGCUGGAAUGUUUGACGAGACAAAGUCACAGAGAGCAAAUGAAGAAGUCCGCCUCCACCCCGGAUAAAGAUUCUGAUGAGACGGAAGAAGAAAAAUCAACAGACUCAGUGCUAUGUGCCACCGAUGAAAAGCGGGGCCACAAGUUACCAGGUUCCACUGAGACGUCUAAGUGUGAAGGUGCUAGUAAGAGGGACAUGAGUCAAAUGCCGGACAACGAAGGCCUUGGAGCUGCGCUGCUGGAUGAAGACAUACACAUGAUUGGCAAUAUUCCCCAAUUCAAUGUCACUCUAUUGGACUGGAUCAAUGUGCAGGAUCGGCCAAACGAUGUCGAGUCUGUCGUGAGGAAAUGCUUUGAUUCCAUUAAUAGGCUUGACCCGCGUAUCAUUCAACCUUUCCUGGCAGACUGUCGCGAUACCAUCGCCAAGCUGGAUAAUCAAAACAUGAAAGCCAUCAAGGGGUUGGAGGACCGGCUUUAUGCUCUUGACCAGAUGAUUGCAAGCUGCAAGAAACUGGUCAACGAACAAAAAGAACUUGCUCAGGGAUUUUCAGCAAAUCAGAAACGGGCUGAAAACCUGCAGGACACAUCUGUUUUGCCUGACCUUUGUCUGAGUCACACCAACCAGUUGAUGAUCAUGUUGAACAACCACAGGAAGCUGUUAGACAUCAAAAAGAAGUGCACUACUGCAAAACAGGAACUUGCAAAUAACCUUCAAGUCCGACUCAAAUGGUGCUGCUACGUGAUGCUCCAUGCAGACCAGGAUGGUGAGAAACUUCAAGCUCUGCUCAGACUCCUCACUGAGCUCCUGGAAAGGGUGCGUGUGGUUGAAGCCCUCAGCACAGUGCCCCAAAUGUACUGCUUGGCGGUUGUAGAGGUUGUUCGGAGAAAGAUGUUUAUGCGACACUACAGAGAGUGGGCGUAUGCACUUGUAAAAGACGGAAAACAGCUGUACGAGGCAGAGAAAUUCAAAAGAGAAACUUUUGGAAAACUCUUCAGAAAGUCCUUUCUCAGAAAUCGUUUGUUUAGAGGGCUUGAUGCUUGGCCUCCAACUUCAUUUUGUACCCGGAAGCCGCGAAUAUUUGAUGACGAACUUCCAGACAUCUCUCUUGAUGACCUGCAGUACUUAAAGUCGUGUUGUCCUGUGGAAGUGCAGCCUUUUCUCAUGAUCCCAGCAAUGUGUGACUUUGAGCCCUUGAAUCGGCACGUGGAGAAACUCCAUCAGCUAGUCCAAGCUGCACAGAGUUUGGACGAGAUGUCUCAAACCAUCACAAACCUGCUGAGUGAACAAAGGGCAUCGUCUAACCAGAGCACACACAAGUCAACUGUGUUGACCCCCCAGUCUGCAGGAAGCCCACCUGAGGCGGCCACAACCUCCAAAGCUCCCACCUCUCUCAGCCUUCAAGGAGCCAGCGCUGACCCACUACAUGUCCCUGCCCCUUUAGAGGACCUUUCACCAGACAGCAUCGACGCACAGACAUUUGACUUUGAAACUAUCGGUCAUCCCAACAUGGAUCCUGUCAUGCAGCCCAGCUCCCUCGACCUGGACUCCCUGGCGGAGAGCCCAGAGUCCGACUUCAUGUCCGCUGUCAAUGAGUUUGUGAUCGAGGAGAACCUAACCUCCCCGAACCCCGUUAGUGAUCCGACCAGCCCUGAAAUGAUGGUGGAGUCUCUCUAUUCCUCAGUCAUCAAUGCCAUCGACAGCAAGCGCAUGCAGGACACCACGACGUUGGAGAGGGAGAAUUUGAGAAUUGCCGCGCUCCAUCAAGCGAUUGACAACUAUCGACUAGCCGCGGAGGAGUCCCACUCCAAUUUGAGGUGUGUGAAGGAUGACUUGCAUCGCUUGCGUACUCAGGUCUCAAAAGAACAAAAUGACUUUGGAUUUGCUCUGAGGAGUGUCAGCAUAGAGAUUCGAGACAUGGUGAAUGACAUCUGCCAAGCACUUGAGCUGGAGCUUAAAGAGCAGCAUCAGAGCGAGAUAUUCGCCAUUCAGCAAGCGUCUGAGAAGCAGGUCAAAUCGCUAACAGAAGACAACCAAGUCAACCAGAACAUUGUUCGAGAUGUGCAGCGAGCCAUGCUUGAGCUGGAGGGGCUGAUGGAGCGCAAAGAGAAAGAACUCACUCAGCUGGAGGGCGACAAGGUGCUUUGGCUUGAAACAGAGAAUACCCUGAAAGAAAAGAUCAAGGAGUCAGAGCAGCUGAUGAGCAAUCAAGCUGCCGAGCUUGAGAGCCUCUCGUCUUGCAGAGACUCUCUAAAAAGUCAGCUGGAGAAUUUGCAUUUCGAGAUCGAACGUGGCCAGCAAAAGAUUAGACUGGAACUGGAAGCUGAGGAGAAGAUGCACUUGAAGGAGCUUGAGGAACGAUUGAAAGCGGAACAUACAGCAAAAGUGGGUGACCUGACAAAGGAGCACCAGAAAGCUAUGAAACAGAUUGAUGCAGACAACAUAGCUAAGUUAAAGGAGACAACAAAACAUCAUAAAAGUGCUCUAAAAGAGAAAGACUUUCAAAUAAAAGACCUGGAGGCUCGCUUUACUGAGCUUGAAGAACUGCGUUACAAAGUGGAAAUGGAGUUGGCCCUAAAAGAGGCAGAAGUAGAAGAGGCAAAGGUCCUCCUGGAUAAAAUCAAGUUGCAGCAAGACGAGGCAGUAAACUCCCAGGUUGCGACUGAGACGCAAGUUCUUAACGAAGAGCUCGCAAAGACCAAACGAGAGCUACAGAAGAAAAAUGAGGAGUAUGAAAAAGACUGUGCAGAGCUGAAGAGCCUUUUGACGAUUGAGAAAGACCACUGCAUCUCAGAGCUGGAGGACAGACAUGAGAAGCAGAUUGAUGGGUUGAAUUUCAAGAUCUCCAAUUUGCAAGACUUAGUUAAUGCUGCUCGCAAGAACCAUGCUGAGGAACUGCAGGACCUUAAGCAAGAGUUGGACCAGCAGUUGUCCGCUUUGAAUGAAGAAAAGGAAUUGCAAUUGAGGAAUUUCCAAGAAUUAGAGCGGGAGUUGAGGACUGAGAGCAAUAAUUUGCAGGCAGAAAACAAACUUUUACAGAAAAGACUAGAAGAGGAAGCCUCAAGUGAGGUUGUAAAAGUGUUGAAGUCGCAAAAUGAAGCGACAGAAAAGAAACUGUCUGAUAGGAUACGACAACUUGAAGAUGAACUUCAUAAAAAACUGUCAUUGAGUUCUUCUUCCAGUGAUGGAGGGCCACUCCUGUGCACUGAGAACAGCGCUUAUCCACCUCUCUCUCUGGACUCGGCCCUGCAAGAGCGCCUGCAGCAGGAGAGGGCCUCUCUGCAGACCCAGUUAGAGCUUCUAGAAAGAAGGAAGAAUGAGGAGAUCCAGAACCUCAAGACUUCCCUGAUAGCCGAACAGCAGACAAACUUUAACACGGUUUUGACCCGUGAGAGGUUGAAGAAGGAGCAGAUCAUCAGUGAGCUCACGGAGAAGCUACAAAACGUCACUCAACAGCAGGAAAAGGACAAAGCCCUGAUAGAGACUCUCUCUGAGGACCGAGCCAGCGUGAUGCAGGAGAAGAAGCACUUGGAGGAGGAGUUGAACCGCCUGCGUAGCACAGCACUGGUCUCCUCGGCCAUCUUUACCACACACCCCUCGCCGCAUGAAGUCGCUGGAGCAUGUUCUUCCGAGCUCCUGGCUGAUACUGACAGAUUGGCUUCUGUGGCCACUUUGAAGGAUGACGAGCAUGUCGACUCAGCAGUGGAAGCCAGCAUGGUGACAGUCCAUGAUAACAUCCUGAUUUCAGAGGAAAAACAGAGGAUACUCGCGCUGGAAAGGACUUUACACAUGAAGGAGGAAGAGAAUAAGCGCCUAAGUCAAAGACUGAUGUCUCAAAGCAUGUCGUCUGUGUCUUCAAGGCACUCUGACAAAAUUGCCAUCAGAGAUUUCCAGGUUGGUGAUUUGGUUCUCAUCAUCCUGGAUGAAAGACAUGACAACUACGUACUGUUCACCGUCGGGCCGACGCUCUAUUUCCUGCAUUCAGAAUCACUCACUGCGCUGGACCUUAAACCGGCCUCGGGGACAUCAAGACGGCCAUGGGUGCUUGGAAAGGUGAUGGAGAAGGAGUAUUGCCAGGCUAAAAAGGCCCAGAACAGGUUCAAAGUUCCUCUUGGAACCAAAUUCUACAGAGUCAAAGCUGUUCCAUGGAACAGAAAAGUAUAAUAACCAAGAUAUAAAAUAUAUAAAUUUCUCCUCAUCCCCAAGACAAUGUUUCACUUGUAAGAACUUGAAAAAAAAGGACAACUAUAGGUCAGAUCACUUUCAUUUUUAAGUUAAAAACACUCACCUGCUACAUUUUUUAAAGCUAAAUUUGGUUUUGUGGACCAAAUGCUAUUAACAUGAAUAAAUAGGGUGUUGCCCUAUACACUGUGGCAUUUAGCCAUAUGACCUGUGUGUAAAAACAGAACAAAAUGUAAAUCAUAUUAGUUCUCAUCAUUAUCAGCAUUUGUCAUUUUGUGGGAAAUACUGUCAUAAUUAUCUAAAAUAUUUCAAUGAAGAAGAAAAAAUAUUUGACAGUACAUUUAUUAUGAUUAUAAAUGUUUAUGGAGGAAUGUUCAUGGCAUGCAUAUUGAUACGUUUUCUUUGAUUUAUCCAGAUAAGUGUUGUAGUGGGAAAAUGUAGUUGUUCCUCUCAGCAAAGCAGUCAGGCCCUCUUGUGAAUACUGACAUGUACAUUAUUAUUAUUAUUAUUAUGGCUGAGUGGGGGACAAAUGAGUCACCUUUGCAAUCCUAAAAAAUGCACUUUGAAAAACAACAUUAAAAACAAAAGAAAAAAAAAGAAGCUUUUUGGGAAGCAACAAAGCUUUCGUGAUGAUUAGUACAUCAAUAAUCAUGCGGAAACUUUCUGGUAUAGAAUAUGUAGAAAGGAAAUGUGUGACCGUAUUUGAUGAUGAGACAACAUUGUACAUUGCCCAUCACAUCUUGCGUGUAAUAAGAAAAUGACUGUAUUGCAAAAAGAAAAGAGUCUUCAAACAAUAAAGGAUGGAUUCCAACUACUAUUGCACUAUGUUUACAUUUGCAGACACUUGCAGAUUGUCCUUUC